ACCUGUAGAAGUUAUAGAAAUGAGUGAUGAGUAUGCUAGUAAUCAAGGUCGAUCAUUUUUAACACGGCGAGAAAUUAUAGAGAAGCAAAAUGAAGAAAGCCGUCGUCUCAAUAAGGAGAAUACGAAUAUUUAG